AUGGCUGACUCCGAUGCGCUUGCAGCUCCUGAGCUGCCGUACAAGACUGGCCCGUUCCGGACCCCGGUCCGACGGGUGCUGUCGCCGAUGGACAUGGGUGGGUGGCUGCAGUCAGAGGCAUACGGCAACUUGAUGGGUUUCAUUCAGGCGGUGAACAGUGCGGUGAAGGGCCGAUCGAUGCGCGAGUACGCCGAGUCGGCCGAGGGGGCGCUGCCGCUCUCACCGGCGGUGCAGGCGCUGGUGGAGAUGCUGGCCAAGCUUGACGCCAUGGUCGACGAGAUCGAGCCGGUGGAUCAGCCGAUGCGAUUCGGCAACAAGGCGUUUGUGACGUGGCUGGACAAGGCUGUGGCGGCCAUGCCCGGUCUCAUCGACGAUGCGCUCGAGGCGUCCGGCUGGGCGGCGGAGCACGCCGAGGCGCGAGGCGGGGCUGCCGAAGCUGUCGGCGCCACCGAGCCGACCGAGUCGCCAUCACCGGCCAUCGAGCUUGUGGCAUAUCUCUCCGAGUCUUUUGGCAACCGGCUGCGUCGCGACUACGGGACCGGGCACGAGAUGUACUUUGUGGCGUUCAUGGCGGCGCUGGCCAUGAUCGGGUACGUCAAGCCCGACGAGUAUGCGGCGUUGGCGUUCCGGGUCUUUGCCGACAGCUACCUCUCGCUUGCCCGCAAGCUUCAGACCAAGUACUCGCUGGAGCCGGCCGGCUCGCGCGGCGCCUUUGGGCUCGACGACUACCAGUUCAUGCCGUUCCUCUGGGGCUCGGCGCAGCUCCGCGAGCACGCGUUUAUCAAGCCAAAGUCUGUCCUCCAGGCCGACAUUGUUGAUAUGUACGCCCAGGACUACAUGUACCUGGCCGCCAUCAAGUUUGUGUGCUCGCUCAAGUCGGGCACCUUUGAGGAGCACUCGUCGUGCCUCUACUCGAUCACCUCGGUCAUCCACUGGACCAAGAUCAACGGCGGCAUGAUCAAGAUGUACAAGGGCGAGGUGCUCUCCAAGUUUCCGGUCAUCCAGCACUUUACCUUUGGCUCCAUCAUGCCCUUUGAGCCGCCGGCCGAGUAGCAAGCCUCU